AGGAAAUGGCCGGAGGGUGAUCAGGCGUUAAUGUUACAAUGCGUCCUGACCGGUAGAGCCCAGGAGGCGUACUCAACUUUGAGUGCUGCUGAUUGUAAGGUGUACAAGCGAGUUAAGUCUGCGGUGCUUAAAGCAUAUGAGUUGGUGCCUGAGGCGUACCGGCAGCGGUUCCGUGGUUGGAAAAGAGGAAAUAAACAGUCUCAUGUGGAGUUUGUGCGAGGUCUGACUGCCCAUUUUUGUCAUUGGUGUGCAGCGUCUGAGGUGGACACGUUUGAGAAACUGUGCGACUUGGUAAUAUUAGAACAGUUUAAAAACUCGGUACCUAAAAAUGUGGAGAAUAAAGUAGGUAUUCCUGGUCAGGCGGCUGUGUUGGCCGAUGAGUACGUGUUGAUUCAUAAAAGCAAUUUCAAUGCGUUAAGUUCAGAUAAUGUGCGCAGGGAGAGUUAUGGUCAUCAAAAAGGUGCAUCAGGCUCUUAUGCUAAGAGUGAGCAUGGCAUGCGAGAAAGGCAGGCAGAAGGUAGAACGUGUAAUUACUGCAAAGGCGGUGGGCAUUGGAAGAGUGAGUGUCCGGUCCUCAAAUCAAAAAAUAAAUUCUCCGGUACGCAAGUAAGACCAGCGGCUUUGGCCAGUUCACUCAGCCCAGCGGUAGUGGUUGAGGAGCAGGUUGAAGCCAGGCGGCAGAAGAGCAUGGAGGAUUUUGGACCGUUCAUUUCUGAGGGUUUGGUCUCUUUGCCGGGUAGUGUUGAACAGGUGCCAGUAAAGAUACUGCGGGAUACCGGCUCAUUGGACUCAUUUGUGUGCAAGUCUGUUUUACCCUUCUCGUCGAAGACUGACACAGGACACUUUGUGCUGGUCAGAGGAAUGGGGAUGGUGGUGUUCCCUGCACCUGUGCAUAGGCUGUGUCUUGACUCAGGUUUGGUGAAAGGAGAUGUUGAGAUGGGUGUGCGCACUGAGUUGCCGGUGGAUGGGGUGGACAUAAUUCUGGGGAACGGUCUUGCUGGGGUGCAGGUGUGGGCUGAUGGUCCUUCUCCCAAUAUAGUCACUAAAAGUGUGCCUGGUCAAGAUCGACCAGACAGUGUUUCAGAUGUUGCCGUUGUGUAUCCGGUCUGUGCUGUGACGCGUGCCAUGACCACUGCGUGUGACGCACAGUCUUGCUACCAAGAAGUCAGAGUUGGAACCUGCUGAACUUUGUGUGACUUUGCCUGAUCAGUUUAAGUCUAUGUCACGAUCUGAGUUGGUUGCAGAGCAGGAAAAUGAUGAUAGUUUAAAAGAACUGUUUGACAAAGUACUUUCGCUUGGUGAGAUACUUAGUUCUGCUCAAGGCUAUUUUAUUCAGGAAAGCUUAUUGUUUAGGAAAUGGGUGCCCCAUGCAGAAGCUUUUGUUGGGAACCUGUUUUUCAGUUUGUAGUGCCAAGAAGGUUUCGGGACUUGGUGUUGCAAACUUGUCAUGAUAAUGUAGCUGGGCAUCCAGGGGUAAAGAAAACAUAUGACCGGGUGUUGCGGUACUGUUUUUGGCCCCGCCUGAAGCGUGAUGUCUUAGCAUAUGUCAAAACGUGUCAUACAUGUCAGUUAACCGGCAAGCCAAACCAGUCAAUCAGACCGGCUCCACUUUGUCCAAUUCCUGUGGUUGAGCAGCCAUUUGCACAUUUGAUUAUUGACUGUGUCGGGCCGUUGCCUUGUUCAAAACUAGGUCAUAGUUAUUUGCUGACUGUCAUGUGCCAGGUAACCAGGUAUCCAGCGGCGUAUCCACUCCGAAAUAUAUCUACUAAAUCGGUGGUGAAGGCUUUGACACAGUUUAUUUUGGUGUUUGGGAUUCCAAAAAUUAUUCAGAGCGAUCAAGGCUUGAAUUUUACAUCCGGUAUGUUUGCCGAAAUACUGAAGCAGCUUCACAUUAAGCAUAAUAAAGCUUCGGCUUAUCAUGCGCAAUCACAGGGCGCCCUAGAGCGUUUUCAAACGCUGAAGUCUCUACUGCGCUCUUAUUGUACAGAGUUGGGGUGUGACUGGGAGGAGGGGCUGCCGUGGCUCUUGUUGGCAGCCAGAGAAGUGGUUCAGGAGAGCACAGGUUUUAGCCCCAAUGAUUUGGUGUUUGGUCACAAGGUACGGGGUCCCAUGGCUGUGUUGGGAGAUAGCUGGGAAAUAACAAAUCCUCCCCAAAAUUUGC